GUUGAUUCUGACAGCCAUGCCGCAUCUCCUGCACACAUCGUUGGUCUCGUUUCUCCACCAAUCUGCUGCCAACCUAGCUCUACACUGUGCCUGACUUGUCUCAACUCCACCCUUCAGAGUCUGACUGCCGGUCAUUUAAAAUGUCUUCUGCAUACCAGCAUCUACUCACUUGGAGUUUACCACACCUCCUCCUCCUCCCGCUAACCCACCUCUGGCUUUUGGCCCCUCCUACAGGUGUAUCAGCAAAUAUGUGCCACGUUACCGGAGGGGUGCUGGGGCUCCACUGGACAAGCGUCGUCGGCCUGGGCUGGUCCCCUCUAGCGGACGGCCAAGGCGGAGCGACGUGUUGGGAGACGUGCUGCUUGAGGCCCAAUUGCAACGCAGUGUGGAGUCUCGGUGGGCGAUGUGUGCUUCUUAGUUGCUCCCUCAAGGGAGGCUGCCCCAUCUUGUUUCUGCCCCAACCUCAUCAGGAGUCUCUCGGACUCCUUCAGAUACUAAGCAAGGGUUCUCCCACGAAAAGAGGGAGGAGCGUUCGUCAGGCGAGUCAAGAAGCGCAACCACAACAACAGCCGAGCUCGGAAAUUCCCAAAUCUGACCCAGCGCUGUUGGCGCCGAGCCCGAGCGUGGUUCCCGAAGGAGACCAUAAGAACGGCAAUCAAUCUACCAACGGGACGAGCGAACCCGCCUCGCAGCAGAACUCCACUCUCGUCGACACCGCCGCAUCUUCCAAUACGAGUGAUGUCGGCACGACGGCGACGACUACCGUCAGCGUAGCCGUAACUCCAACGCAGGCUGUGAGGGACCUGGUGGUUUCGGCAGGGGAGAGCGUUGAGGUCACGCUACCGCGCAGCUCGGUCGAGCUUAACGCAUUCGUGGUGCCGGCCCCUACGCCAGAUUCCAAAUAUAUAUUUGAUUGGCGUCUGAUAACGCAUCCCAAAGAUUACAGUGGGGUGAUGGAAGGGAAGCACAGCAAGACCCUAAAACUCAGCCAGCUCACAGUUGGUCUGUACGAGUUUGAGGUGACCGUUAAUGGAGGAGGUGCUCAUGGAGAAGGUUACGUCAAUGUCACUGUCAAACCGGAGCCGCGGGUAAACAAACCCCCCGUUGCCGUAGUUUCCCCAAAGUUCCUAGAGAUCUCCUUGCCAACAAGCUCGACGGUGAUAGACGGAAGCCAGAGCAAAGAUGAUGACAAAGUAGUGGCGUGGCACUGGGAGGAGGUCAAAGGUCCCCUCAGGGAAGAGAAGGUGUCUGCUAACACGCCCGUCCUCACGCUCACCAACUUGGUCCCGGGGAACUACACGUUCAAUUUGACUGUCACCGACUCCGAUGGCGCCCAAGACUCAACACUGGCCACCCUGACUGUCAACAAAGCCAAAGAUUACAAGCCCGAGGCCAACGCCGGCCCCAACCAGGUCAUCACCUUACCACGUAAUUCCAUCACGCUGUAUGGCAACCAGAGCACAGAUGACCACGACUCCCUUGCCUAUGAAUGGUCCCUCAGUCCCGAGAGCAAAGACAAGGUGGUGGAGAUGCAAGGCGUGCGCACACAGACCUUGCAGCUAUCAGCCAUGCAAGAAGGCGAUUACACUUUCAAACUCACUGUGACCGACUCUGCCGGACAGCAAGACACGGCUUACGUCACGGUUAUUGUGCAGCCAGAAAACAAUAAACCACCAGUGGCAGACGCGGGACCGGAAAAAGAACUGACUCUACCGGUUGAUCGAACGAUACUGGAUGGCAGUAAGAGCAGCGAUGACCAAAAGAUAGUCACCUACCAUUGGAAGCAGACCAAGGGUCCUGAAGGUGUGAAGAUUGAGAAUGCAGACAGUGCCGUUGCCACGGUGACAGGUCUGGAGGUAGGCACUUACGAGUUCACCCUGACGGUGACCGACGAGAGGAACCUGCAGAGUAGCGACACAGUCACGGUCAUCGCCAGAGAAGAACUGGACCAGCCCCCUGUGGCUCGCGUGGUUUCCAGCCCGCCCGUCUCUCUGCCGGUGCGGACCGCCACUCUGGAUGGAUCUCGCUCCACGGAUGACAAAGGUGGCAUCAGCUACCUGUGGACCAGAGAUGACAGCAGCCCCGCUGCUGGGGAUGUGCUGAACAACUCCGAUCACCAAGCUGUCUUGUUUCUGGGAAACCUCGUGCCGGGCAAGUAUAGCUUCACUCUGACUGUCACAGACAGCAAAGGGCAAAUCAACACUGACAGCGGCACGUUGGAAGUCAAGCCCGACCCGUGGGAGCGUGACCAGGUGGAGCUGGUCUUAGAGGUGCCCAUAACGCAGGUUUCCCACCGUCAACGUGACAUGCUGCUGCGGCAGGUGGGAGUGUUGCUCGGCGUCCUCGAUAGCGACAUCAGCGUUCGGGAGAUCGGUGCGUUCAAUGAGCACAGUACCAGGUUGGUUUUUCUGGUGUCAGGCGGUCCAGGGCGCCUUCCUCUGUCCGGUUACAGCGUUGCACUCAGCUUGCGCAACAAACUGCGUAAACAAAAGAACGACUUUCUCAUUUACAAGGCCCUGCGGGUCGACACAGUCAUCUGCCAACUGAACUGUUCCAGUCAUGGCGAGUGUGAUUCGUUCACUCGACGUUGCGUGUGCCAUCCUUUCUGGAUGGAGAACUUCAUCAGAGCUCAGUUCGGCGACGCCGAGAGCAACUGCGAGUGGAGCGUACUCUAUGUGACCAUAGCAUCCUUUAUGAUUGUGGUUGCCGUGGCGACGGUGGUCUGGGGGUGUGUGUGUUGCUGUAACAGACGUAAAAGCAAAGCGCGCAGAAGCAAAAGCCGUUAUAAAAUACUGGAAGCUGACGAGCAAGACGCUUUGGAGCUCCAACCCCCCAGAGCUGGGCGCAUCAAGCCAGUACCCGCCCCCACCUCGUCUGCCCUCAUGCACUCCGACUCGGACUUGGAAAGCGAUGACGGGCAGGUUGGGUUUUCGUGGACGGAGCAGGAGCGCGGUCACCUUCUGCGACCGCAAAACGGCUCCUUGAGGAACGGCCAGGGUCCCGCGAGAGGAAAGAAGCCCAGAGAAGAGCUGUUAUAGCAAAACCAGGUGAAGCACACUGAUCCGUCCUUAAUGCUUCUUCAUUUCACCCCUCCUGGAACACGUGGAACUUGAAAACACUGUUACACUGAGAAACUGAGCCAUGGCAGAGGAAAAAGAGUGAGCGCUGUUUUUUUUUUUUUUUUUUUGAAUAGAUGAAUAUCAGCACCUGAUUAUUUAAACUGAGGCAUUACCAAGGUGACUCACAAAGUGAAACCAGCAAACCGCCAUUACCGUCGUACUUCCAAACUUUGCUUCUAGUCGACCUGCAUGAAUGCACAGAACUGUCUUCACACUGUUACAGGUUAGCACGACGCUAGCAAACAUUUAUAAAUUGAGAGGUCGGCAAAAAACGAAAAGUGCAUGACCACUUGCAGCCAUUCCGGAUCUGGAACUAACCCUUUUUCCUGGCUGAUGUGCCAAAACCUCUUCCAAGUAUUGUAGCUGUCUUUCGCCUGCGUUGUGACGUUUGAUCGGAUGGAGCCCGAAUCCUGCUUGUAAUCUGAAAGUUCUGACCCACACAAAUGAACACACACAUGAAAGAAGACACCACUUUUAGCAAGACUCUUCCCGCUAUGAUUCAGUUGAUUGAUGCACUUUUGUUUCAUGUUGAACUCUCCCAUGUAUUCUUCACGCAAUUAUUGCCGCGGAUAUAACGAGAGGAGCUUUUCCGUAGCUUUGCGUGAAGAAUAAGCUAAAACCAAAUGAUUUCUUUCUUUUCACGUUGCAUGCUGAAUGUGAAACACGAGAGAACCUGGAGUUCCACACUCUUCAAAGGAUUAUAUGUCACCGUCUCAUCUCAGUCCAUAAUGUGAAGUAAUGACUUUUGCAGAUUAAUGUGCACUCUACUGUCAAAUCAUCUCAUGAUGAGGUCAAAUAUGCUGCACCGCUUUGUGGUUUUUCUUUCUUCAUUCGAGCUGUAGACGAAGUCAAAUUAAGCACACCCAAGUGCCAACUCAACAAUAUCUGUCUUGACUUUGCUGGAGUUCACUGUGAAGGCAGAAACAAAAGAAUGUGGAACAAUGAUGAAGGAAGAGUAAAACGUUUUAAAUGAGGUUUAGUGGAAGGAUUAUGUUUGUCCUGUGUGAUUUGAUACAACUGGAUAAUCUGGGAAUUAGAAUAAAGACUUUUCAUUUUA